AUGGGAUCUGGAAGCUCCGCUGCAAAGUACGAGCGGCCAGCUCUCACUGUCGCAGACGUGGAACCUCAAGAUGAUAGAGUCCAGCAGUGUCGUUCGUCUAGCUCGGCCAGCCUUCAUGUACGAAGUUCAGCGCCGGUCACCUACAGGCAAGCAACACGCAGGAAGCCUGCGACUGCGGCUUCUGUGAUGCCAGGUGCAAUGGCCUUGCCGCAGGGUGUGCAGUCCCAACAACAGGCAAGCGCUUUGCCGCAGAAUUGGCGCACGAAGUGGGAAAGGCCUGCCGCCGUGUUCUCUGUUCGUGGUGCUGCUGGCCCACGAUACCUCCCCCCACUGAGGUCCACAGGCACACGUGCCCUGCCUUCUUCACCACCCGAGUGUUUGUCGACGAAUUCUGCAGUGGCCCGCAUGGCCGCAGAAUAUUGGCGCAACGAGCAGCGAACCGGCUCUGUGCCCCCAGCGCUGGCUGGAGCUCCAAGUCCAGGAAGCACAGCGGCGACUAGCACAACGCAGAGUUGGAACUCCGGGGCCUCACCCGCGUUCAGCAGCACAGGACUCGCCACAGUGCAGACCCUGGUGCCGCCUCCGGUGUGA